AAUAAUGAUAAUAAUCAUCAACCGGCUUCAAUGAUAUUCAAUGUUAAUAGCCAAAAUCAAAAUGAUGAUGAUCAUCAUCAUGAUAAUCAUAAACAUCGACGUCAUCCACAACAUAAUCCAUUGUUAUCGAUAAUAGAAUCGAAAUCAACAUCAGAUUCGAUUCGUCAUAAUUUAUUUUCACCAUCACCGUCAUUAUCAUCAUCGGAUUAUUACAAUGGCCCAGUUUCCACAAAAAUCUUUCAUCACAAAUCAUCAUCGUCUUCGAAUCAAAUUGAUGAUGAUAAUAAUGAUAAAAAACAAUCAGUACGUGAACCGCGAAGAAUUUCCAAAUUAGGAGAAGAUUUUCCAUCACCAUCACCACCGCUUACCAUGACAGAUGGCGAUUUACCGGCUGCUGGACGUAUAAAUUCAAAAGAUUUAUCACGUUCAAAUAAUAAAAAUAGUGGAUCAUCAUCAUCACAUGGAAUGGAUGAUCUGCUUGGUGGACUUGCACAAUUACUUGGUGGUAAUCUUAAAAUGCCUAAUUCAGCCAAUUCAGCAAAUGGUCCACCACCAUUGCCGCCGCAUCUAUUUUCCAAUCCAGAUCAACAAGCAAAAUUAGCACAAAUGUUAUUAGGACAAAUGUCCAAUAAUGGUGGAUUAAAUCAACGAAUACCAGCACAUUUAGCACAUCUUAUACCUCGUGGUGGUCCAAAUUUUCCUACCGGUUUUAGUGGUGGAAACCCUAUUGGUCUACCACCACAACCACCGAAUUUCGCUGGAAGGCCAUCAUCCAAUUUUGGUCAAUCUAAUUAUCCAACAUUUCAAUUACCAUUCAUUCCAUUAUUAUCGAGUGGUGGUAAUUCAAGACCACAACAACAAUCACCACCGGCUAUACCAUUAAAUAAUCCACCAAUGUCAUUACCAAUGCCAUCGAUGAAACCAGGUUCGAAUAUCAAUCAUAAUAAUAAUCCAAUGAUGAUGAUGAUGCCACCAUCAUUACAUGGAUUAUCUAAAGCCGAAAUGGAUGCCCUAAUUCAUCAAUUCAUAUCGCCAUCGGCCAAUAUUAAUAUUAAUAACAAAACGAUGAUGAACAAUGUGAUUGCUAAUCUAAUGUCGAAAAUUAGUUCAUCAUCACCAACCGGUGAUCGAUUAGAUCAUUCAAGUAAUAAUAAAAUAGAUACAUUUUUACCAUUUUUUGGUCAACAAAACGAUACAUCUAAUGGUAAUAAUAAUAAUAAUCGAUUAUCAAUAACAUCAAUUUCAUCGGAACCACCACCGCAAAUUAUAACAAUGCAAGAAGAUGAUGGACCAAGUGUAUUUGAAAUGGUUGUUAAACAUAAAAUUGGUCCAACAACAACAUCAGUUUCGUCUAAUAUGAUUACGACCACGACUAAUUCUGUGGAUUCAAUUCGACCAACAUCAACAAUAAAUCCGACUAUUUCGACAGUUUUGAAUCCUGAUGUAACCGAAAUUCGUAAUCAUCAUCAUCAUCACCAUAAUCAUCAUCAACAUCAACAACAACAGCAACAUCAAAAUCCAGGUAAUCAUUAUUCACAAAUAUUACGUGUUACAUCGAAUCCAAAUCAAUCAUCUAAUAAAAUGAACGAUGUUGUUUAUGGAAAACGAAUACCGAUAACAACAUCAGUCAUAGGUUUAGAACCAUCAUUUACAUCGUCAACAACAAUGAUAACACCAUCUUCAUCGAUAAUUUCAUCAUUAUCGACAAUGAAAACUAUUUCAACAAAUCAAGAAUUACUCGAUCCGACGAAUACUUUUUCAACACCGCCAUUACAUUCACAAACAACAAGUAUAUCGUAUGGAAAACCAGUAAUCAUGCAAUUGCCAAUUGAAAAUGUAAAACCUAAAAUCGGACAAUUUGAUCCAACACAUACGAUUGAUGCAUCAAUGACAACCACUAGAAAUAAUAAAAUUGGUGUAAUUGAAUCAAUAAAACCGUCAAAAUUAUCACCAGGUAAUCAAAUACCCGGAACCGGUUCAUUUAGUAACACUAACAGCAACAACAAUAUUGGUUCAAAUUCAACAGCAAAAAAAACACAAGCUAAACAAUAUGUACGUCGUCCGGCAUUUCGACCACGACCAAACGUACCGAUUGUACGUAUUGAUACCUGUAUUGUUGGUGAUGAUAGUACAUGUGAUAUUUCAUUGAAUGAAAAAUGUAUUACCGAAUUGGGUCUUAGUUCAUGUCAAUGUCGACCAGGUUUUGCACGAAUAAUUCCCCGUACAAAUUGCUCACCAGUCAUAUCAUUAUCAAUAUCAUUUCGUGCGGAUAAAAUGGCCGGUAAUAAAUUACAAUUUACUCGACCAUUAUUGAAUGCUAAUUCGGAAGAAUAUCAAUAUUUGGAAUUUGAAUCUAUUCAUGCAUUGAAUUCAUUGUUUGCACAAACUAAAUCAUUAAACACUGAUCUAAUGGCUGUUAAAAUUAAUCGAUUUUAUGCUGUUGGUGGACGUACUAUUGUUAAUGCAACAAUAUCAUUGCGAUCGAAUGAUAGUUUAAUUAAUUCAUCAUCACAACGUAUCAAACGACAGCUACAACAAGAAUUAACACAAGCUAUUAUUGAUUCACAAAAUAAUCUUGGUGAAUCACAAUUAUCAGUAGAUUCGGGUUCGAAUGCUAUCACUAGAAUUGAUGAUCUGGAUGAAUGUUCUGUUCCAGAUCUAAAUGAUUGUUCAAAAAAUGCUUAUUGUAUCAAUGAAUUUGGUGGUUUCCGUUGUGAAUGUGAAUCAGGUUAUGAAGAUAAAUUUCCGGAUGGUGAUAAAUUACAAACUGGUCGUAUUUGUUCAACUUGUUCACCAUCAUAUUGUUCAAAUCGUGGUGAAUGUUUGAUUAUCAAAGGUGAACGUGUUUGUCGUUGUCGGGCAAAUUUUAUCGGCAGUCAAUGUGAUAUUGAUGCUGAAGUUUUAGGUGUUGCUGUUGGUGGUUCUAUUGCUGCAUUGGUCAUCAUUGUCAUAACAUUUAUCUGUCUUUAUAUGUGGAACCAAAGAUUUCGUCAUGAACAGCAAAAAAUUGAAGCAAUGUCAGCAGCAAGUGGCCAUACAUUUAGCUAUAUGAAUAAACCAUCGGCUGCAUCAUUAGCAGCUUUGGCUACAAUGUCACGAAUGUCAACUAUGGAUGGUACAAUUGGUGGUGGUGGUGCUGCUGCUGCAGGAUACGGCAGAUCAUUGUCAUCAUCAUCAUUAUGGCCACAAAUACAUCAUCAUCAUGCAUAUUCGGCUGAUUCACAACAACAUUUAUUACAAUCAUCAUCAUCAGCAACAAAUACAACUAAUUCAGCUAGUACAAAUGGCUAUGGUUAUACAGGUGGUGCAACAACAGCAACUACAAAUAAUAUGGAUUCAUCAAAUGUACAGCAUCCGAAUGCUAGUCACGUGUAUGCACAACCUGUAAGAGUUGUUACAAAUACAUUAUCGGAUCAUUAUGAUCCAUCAUUAUCAAACAUUGGUGGUGGUGGUUAUUCAACUGAUUCAAUAUGGAAUAAUUGCCGUAAUGGUCGUAAUUCAACUCGUACAAUCGGUACUACCAAUAAUAAUAAUAAUAAUAAAACAUCAUCAUCAUCAAAAUCUCGACAUCAUCAUGAUUCAUAUCAUAAUAAUGAUCGUCGACAUAAUAAUAAUGGUACUAUUUCUGGUGGCCAAUCAUCAUCAACCGGUAUACAUUAUCCAUCCUAUAAACAUGAUGUCUAUAAUGAAACAGAAUUCUCCACACGUGAAUUAAUCUAUUCACCAGGACAUUUAUUUACAAUGAAUCCAUCAUCAAGACAUCAUCAAUCAUCAAGCCAUGCUUAUUAUUGAUUGAUGAUAAAUAUUUUUUUUUUAAUUAUCAAAAUUACA